AUGGCAGACAUAGCGCUGGAGAUCCCGAAAAGCCGACUAAUUGAAGCCAAACAGAGACGACAAGAAGCGUCCAAGGAUGCCUUGAUGCUCAAGAACCGCAUCGCUCUGCUCAAGGCCGAGGAAGAAAAGGCGUGGAAGAAGAUCGAGCAGACGCGUCGUCGGGCUGCUGAACUGUUAAAACUCCGCGAAGACAACGGUCGAGAGCAUGCCAUGCUGAAAGAACUGGCCAUGGAGGUGGAGCGUGAGACUCAAGCUUCUAUCCAGGCCAAACGUGAGCUUGUGUUAAGUAUCGAUAGCAUCCCCAAGAAGAAGGAGAUCAGCAUGCAACUUACCGAAGCUAACAGACGAGAAGCUCUUCAGCUCAAAGAAGACAAGCAGCGUUGGAAAGAGAUCAUGGACCGACAGAAGCGAGACGAAAUGAUGGAUGCUCUCCGUCGCAAAGAAGAGGUCGCCAGUCAGAAAGAAGCCCUGCGUGUCAAGAAGAUCAUGCACAAGCAGGAUAUCGACAAGCACAAUCGCGAACGGACCUUGGAGAAAGUUCGUGCAGAGGAAGAACAAACGCAGCGGCAUGAGGAAGAGGUACAGGACAUGGAGCGUCAAGAGCUCGAACUCAUCCAGCGACUUCGCAACACUCAGCACUUGCAGAAGCAGGCAUUCGAAGAGCUGGAAGCUGCCCUCACUGGAGGAAAUGUCAAGCAUUCUUAG